CUCACGGCAUCAUUAGAAAAAAAAAUCUGUCAUUAAGACUAUAUUUCAUUGAUAUGAUAACCAUGGCAUAAAGAAAAUGAGCAAACAUUAAAAAGAGACGCAAGAACCAUGUAAGCAGCGGCUGUUGUCUUACAAAGAAUCGACCUACUUUACCUAUGCCUCCUGGGACGAUAGUACACAACAACAUCUGAUUCUCUGAAGUCUUUUUGUUUUUGGCAGCUUUGCUUUGGGUCAAUUCUAUAAUGUACAUAACCUUAACCCCAGUGUGGGUUUAAUGCUACAAAAAUAUACAAUUUAAGAGAUAGAAAACCCAAGAGUGGAUUUAUCUUUUAAAAAUGACUCAUUUGCAAGCUGGUCUUUGUCCGGAAACUAAAGAGAAAGCUCGUUUGGAACUAAAUGAGAACCCAGACACGUUACAUCAAGAUAUACAGCAGGUCAGAGACAUGGUCAUCACAAGACCUGAUAUAGGGUUUCUCCGAACAGACGAUGCUUUCAUUUUAAGGUUCCUUAGAGCAAGGAAAUGUAAUCAAAUGGAGACUUUCAAACUGCUCUCGCAGUAUUUUCAUUACCGUCAGCAGAAUUUGGACAUGUUUAAAAGCUUCAAGGCGGACGAACCUGGGAUCAAACGAGCGUUGAUGGAUGGCUUUCCUGGAGUCUUAGAAAACCUUGAUCAAUACGGCAGGAAGAUCCUUAUCCUCUUUGCCUCUAACUGGGACGAGAGUAGGAACUCUUUUGUUGACAUCCUAAGGGCCAUCCUCCUCUCUUUGGAAGUCCUAAUUGAAGACCCAGAAUUGCAGAUCAAUGGCUUCAUCUUAAUAAUAGACUGGAGCAACUUCUCCUUUAAACAAGCAUCCAAACUCACCCCCACCAUACUCAAACUGGCCAUUGAAGGGCUACAGGACAGUUUCCCUGCUCGGUUUGGAGGAAUCCAUUUCGUCAAUCAGCCUUGGUACAUUCAUGCACUGUACACCAUAAUAAAGCCAUUCCUCAAAGACAAGACCAGGAAACGGAUCUUUCUUCAUGGAAACAAUUUGAACAGUUUGCAUCAGCUAAUCUUUCCGGAGUGUCUGCCUUCAGAAUUUGGGGGCACUCUACCCCCUUAUGACAUGGGAACUUGGGCUCGGACAUUAUUAGGACCAGACUAUAAUGACGAAACAGAAUACACUCACACAUACAAUGCAUUGCAUGUAAAGCAAGUGCUGGGAAACACUGAGAGAGACUGUUCUCCCAAACACAUGAAAAGGUCUCAGUCGGUCGUGGAACCUGGAACUCUGAAGCAUGAGGAAAAGGAUGACGAGAAUACCCAACCUUUGCUUGCUCUGGACUGAACGCAGUGUGAGCUGUAUGCACAUGUACAGCACACCAUGAAAUCUGCAGCCUAGUCUCAGUGGUACAGUGAAUAAUGAAGCAAAUCCAUCAUUAAUUCAGUGCCAGCUUCUUCAAGUGUCAUUUUACAUUUUAGUGGACAAGAAUGUCACCAGCCAUCAACAUUGGUAGCUAACUCCAGCUGAGCAAAACUACAGCUUGUUUUGCUAUAGUGAAUGUUGUUUUAAAGCUAUUUUGUAUUUGCAGCAAAUAACCUUUUAAUAGGGGCAUAUUUUGUACUGCAGAUUUUUAAAUGGACUAUUAUCAGUUGUUUUAAAGAUUGUAUAUUCCAUUAAGUCUCCCAAAUAUCAUAAUUUAUUUAAACAAAGACUAAAAAAACUGCAAAAUAAAUUACUUAGACCUAAUCUUAUCCUUUGUUUAGUCGUAGGGACAGUGUGGGAGUUCAGUCAGCCAUAUAAAUAUGACCCGUGUUCAUACUUUAAGAAUUUUUGUUUUAAGAGUAUGGAUUUAAAUGGCAAAGACAUUUUUCAAACCUGACCCUGGUUAUUUAAUGGGUCUUAGGAUUUAUUGUAAUAAAUGAAAACAGCCAACAGAACAAUACUGAAUAAAAUAUGAAUGA